UUGCACUUUAUAAUCCACAAUACGUUAUCCAAUGCAUUAGGUUCCAAAGGCAUCCAUGACAGAUAAUUCCUCUGCUGAAAAAGCAGCCUUGAACAAGGUCUGGCCUAAGGGACUCCAACUUCUUUGUCAUUUCCACAUACUUCAAGCUGAAUGGAGAUGGUUGACAUCCGCGAAGAAUAAUGUGGACAAGGAUGAAAGGCGGAAGCUAAUUGCACCAUUCCAAAGGGUCCUCUAUGCCCAUUCCGAAAAAGAGCUUGAUGCAGCAACAGCCAGCCUUCAGAGCCAGUCCCACCCAGGGUACACUGCGAGGGUCGAAGCAAUGCUUGAAAGGAAAGAGGAGUGGGUGUUGCUCUUCAGGAACACGAUUACAAUCCGCGGACACAACACCAAUAACUUUGCUGAGGCCUCGAUACGGAUUUUAAAAGACAUCAUCCUUAAUCGCACUAAAGCCUUCAAUGCUGUUGCCCUAGCUGAUUUUGUUGCAACAGUAUGGGAAAAGUACUUUGAAGGAAGAAUAUUAAAGCAUGCGUACAGCCGUGUUGCAGCACAUCAACUCCAGUACCACCACCUUGUCAGCAGAAUGCCAGACAGUGCAGCAGACAAUAUUGUACUUCUAGAUGAAGAUCUGUACAAUGUCCCAAGUAGCAAGCAGGAUGGAACAUCUUAUGAGAUCUGGGCAAAGACAGGGGUUUGCAGUUGCCCAAGUGGACGGCAAGGUGCCUUCUGCAAACACCAGGCAGUUGUUCACAUGAGAUAUGGUGGUCUUUUCCCAAAUGCUCCUGUACUAACUUCUGAAGACCGCUACGAAUUAGGGAGGUUAGCCCGUGGAGAGAAGUGUCCACCAUACGAAUUUUUCUGCAGCUUCCAGGACAGUGUGGACCAUUUUCAGCCUGAAUGCCCUAUAGUACAUGAGAGGGAGUCUGAUCCGUGUGCACCCCCUUCCCCAGACCCAUUGCCAUCAACAUCUGGCUUCAAUGAACCAGAAUCGGUUCAUCUGGGCACUGAAAGCAACCUGCAAGCAAUACAAAGUGAACUGCAACGACUGUCCACACUAGUCGGGCACAACGACACCUUUGAAAAGUGUCUUGGAAAGAUCGCAUCACAACUGAGCCACAUCAAGACAGGAUGUGGUGCAGUCGGAGCAGCUAUCACAAUAAGUGCUGCACUUGUGAACCAUGCAAGAAAGGGUGGGAAAAUUCGAGUUCAGCCCUCAGCAAUAGCACGAAGGCGGGGCGGGGUUACGGGGGGCUCAAAGAGAAUUCCUGCUGGCCGGCCUCCCAAGGAACCAGCUCGGAAAAGGGCAAAGAAACUGGGUCACACAAUCAGCAGCAGCAUAAGAAAGAACGUUCCUCAUGCUAAGCAGCACGGUCAAGGACACUAA